CCUUCAAACCCUACACUUAUGGAAUCUUGCUAUGAGGUUGUGUAUCAUAGACAUGGUUUCUCUCUCUCUCUCUCUCUCUCAUACAAACACAAUCUAUACAAGAGCAUCAAUAUAUUCUGAAGAAACAGCUAAAUUAUUAGGAAUAUCCAGAAGAGAUGACCAAGUUCCAAAGCCUCUCGAGCAAAUUCUUAGCCACCAUUUCUCUCAUUUUCCUCGUUGGCCCCAUUUCAGUUUCUUCAAAGGGGAAAUGUGAAUCCAAAGAAGAAGAUCCAAAAACAUCCGAUGCACUCAAAUAUAAGCUAAUCGGCAUGGCUGCGAUCCUCCUUGCAAGUGCACUAGGAGUUUGCCUUCCAUUUUUGAUAAAGAAGAUGCCAUUUUUACACCCAGAGAAAGGUGUUUACUUCCUCAUCAAGGCCUUCGCAGCAGGGGUAAUCUUGGCAACAGGAUUCAUCCACGUACUUCCUGAUGCCUAUGAGAGUUUAAGGAGCCCAUGCCUUAGUCAAAAUCCGUGGGGGAAGUUUCCGUUUGCCGGCUUUGUUGCAAUGUUGUCGGCUAUUGGGACUCUGAUGAUGGAGGCAUUUGCUACAGGGUACCAGAAGAGGUCUGAGCUGAGGAAAGCUCAGCCGUUGGAUGCAAAUGAGGGAAGUGAUCAUGAACAUGCUGAUCAUCAUGGUGCUGAAUUUGUGUUGGAGAGAUUGGAUUCACCUCAACUUAUCCGGCAGCGCAUAAUUUCUCAGAUUUUGGAGUUGGGUAUUCUGGUUCAUUCUGUGAUUAUUGGGGUAUCGCUUGGUGCUUCUGGAAGUCCAAAGACAAUCAAGCCUCUCAUCACAGCAUUGAGUUUUCAUCAGUUUUUUGAAGGCAUGGGACUUGGCGGAUGCAUUUCUCAGGCGAAAUUUGAGUGUAAAACUGUCACAAUUAUGGUAGUGUUCUUCUCCCUUACCACCCCAACAGGGGUAGCUGUUGGCAUAGGAAUAUCAAACAUUUACAACAAGAAUAGCCCAACAGCACUCAUUGUUCAAGGCUCUCUCUUAGCAGCAUCUGCUGGAAUUCUGAUUUACAUGGCACUUGUUGAUCUUCUUGCUGCUGACUUCAUGAAUCCUAAAAUGCUAAGCAAUUUUAGGCUCCAACUUGGAGCUAAUUUUGCACUUCUACUUGGGGCUUGUUUUAUGUCACUCUUGGCCAGAUGGGGAGAAUCUUAACAGUUUUAAGGGUUUUUUUUUUUUUUUUUGUGUGUGUGUUUGUGUCAAUAGUAAUAAUGGAACCAAAGAUUCUGAAUCAAGAUGUUUUUUACUCUUUACAAUUGUUGGACCUAUUUACAA